UUGACGUCAGAAAGGGCAUCGAAUCCGGAGGCCUUAGAGAAGGUUUGAAGUUUGAACGAUUGAUUGCCUGCAUAGAAGCCUUAGGACUUAGAGAGAGAGAGAGAGAGGGUGGGGGAGGAUUGCAAGAUGAAUGUUGAGUCGGUCGCCUUAUUCCUUACAGUUACCGCCCUUUUCUCACUCGCUGCGUCCAUCGAUGAUAAAUGUGCCGCUUGCAAUGCCGUUGCGGACGAACUGGAGCUCGGUCUUUCCAACGAAAAGCCAAGGAAUCAUUUGGAUAUGAGGCAUCGCCUAGACUCUAAAGGUCAGCGUGAAGGGAAACUGAUUGAUUACAGAGUCAGUGAGCUGAGGGUUGUUGAACUUCUGGAUGGACUCUGUGAAAAAAUGCAAGACUACACACUAAGGAAGAUAGCUUCAACCGAACAAGAAUGGAUUAAGGUGGAUAAUUGGGAUAAUCUCACAAUUGAUAAACAAGAAGCCCGAGCCUAUUCGAAAGAUAUGUCAACUUAUUGUGGAAGGUUGCUUGAGGAAACUGAGGAUGAGCUAGCCGAAUUGAUAAAGAAGGGAUCUGUUAAGGCUGGAGGAGUGAGCAAGGUUCUAUGUCAAGAUCUCAGCAAGCAUUGUAGCCUGACAAGCAGCAAGGUCCAUGAAGGGAUCGACAGAGAUCUUUAAAUCACUGGAGAUUGUGGUUCCCCUUCAAAGUAAUUUUUUGAAGAAUUCAUUGUUACCAGGCUUAGUCCUAGGAUUAAAGCUUUUGAGCUUGAUUUAAUUGAAACAAAGGAAAGACGAUUAUCAUGCUUUUUGGAGUUAGUUGGAGGGAUUAAAAGAGAGGUCAUCACAUCAUCGUAUUGUUGCAGUGUAAAUUUUCAAACCUUUUGGAUCCUAAAAUUUGAAGUUAAAAUGCUUGGUUUCAUAAAUUGAUUUGGCAUUUCAAUAUUCAUUGGCCGUACACGUA